UAGAUAGGACUCUUUCCUGAGUAUCUACGAUCAGACGAUCCGGGUCUUCUCGUCCACCCUACGUCAAUACGUCGAGUUUUCUUUUGUUUCCGGGUUUCUUCUUUGUCUGCUCAUCUGCGCCUAUUUUUCGAGUCUGGACUUGUCAGAUCUACCACGGAACGGCAACAACAACAUCAAUAAAUCCCCACAACGCGCCGCGCACUGAUCUAUAUCUCUUCGACACCGGCGUAUGAUUUCCUUGCAAAUCAUCUCCGAACAUUCGAGUCCCUAGAAGUCGAACACAUCCACAUCGGACCCGGAUUCGCCGUCAUGCCAUCCGGGCUUCUACGAUAAAUCUCUAAUUCCCUACGUACACUUCGCCGACAAUCACCUCGUGGGGUGCAUGUUAGAUUAUGACAGACAGGACCUCAUCAUUGCCUACGCAAUCAGUGACCCCGAGUCAGACGGCCGUUCUUAGCCCCAAAUCCACCCCUACCUUGACAAGCUAUGUCUCGAACAAGGUCCAGGGAGCGAUCGAAGAAGAGCCAUACACGAUCAAGUGUAUCUGCAACUUCACUGACGAUGACGGGAACACAAUCUAUUGCGAAACAUGUGAUACCUGGCAGCAUAUCGAAUGCUACUACCCCCUUAAUAUCGACGAGGCCUUGCGGGAAGAUUUUGCCCACUCUUGUGUUGAAUGCAAACCCAGACCUCUUGACCGCCAAGGGGCCUACGAGAGACAGCGACUGCGACGGAGCAAGCCAAAUACAGCGGAAGCAUCGGAGCGAAAAGUCAAACGACCACCGACAAAAACUACAAAAAAGAAAACCAAACCAACAGACCCUGGGUCAAGUGGCCAAAUUAAUCUCGAUCUCCAUUCUAAAUAUCCUCAGGACCACCCUCCCAUUCAUCAACACAAAAAGUCAAAAAGCACACACAGGUCCACUCAAUCAAUCAGCUUGCAAAAUCCGAAACGUAGCCCUUCGUACGUGCAAAAGACUGGGAAUCCCCACGGUCAUCCGCCUAGUCCUGUCACAACGCCUCCAGAUUUUCCCCACGAACUUGAAGCACAAUAUUCGAACGCCUUCUUAAACCUGUAUAAAGACGAUCGCGACGUGCUUAUUGUUCGGACAAAUUCGUUUGCAAGUCUCUUGAUAUCGAACGUGCUAUCUUCAUGGCCUCGAGAUCACGAAAAAUUAAGGGUGGAGACAGGAUGUCAAUUUGACGAUGUCUUCCGACCCUUACCGCCCAAUAUUGAAUCUCUCCAAAUAGCGCCCCGGGUCGAAUCUAGAAAGUUGUCAGUUGGACCGGAUACCGUCGUACAGUGGCAACAUCUUAGGAUGUCCGAAACAAUCGAGAAGGAUGUGCCUUUGAUGGAAUUGAACGGACAAAUUGGGAUACAAAAGGAAUACUGCCAGGACCCCGAAAAUAGAUGGCAGGAGUUAAGCACGCCACUCCCAUUUGUUUUCUUUCAUCCCUUACUUCCUAUUUACAUUGAUACUCGAAAAGAAGGCUCAUUUGCACGUUACGUGCGCCGAAGUUGUAAGCCAAAUGCGGUGCUUGAUACUUACUUAUCAGAUGGCUCCGAGUAUCACUUCUGGCUGGUUAGCGAUCGACGGAUAUUGCCUGGUGAACAGGUCACAAUCCCAUGGGAGUUCAACCUUCAGAAGGAUGUAGCAAAGAGAUGGGAACAAUUACUUGGUCUUGGAGAUGAGGAAGCAGGUGCGCAACCAGAGUACGACGAAACAGAGAUCGAGACGUACCAGAGUAUUGCUUCCUGGGUUCAUGCUGUACUGUCAGAAUACGGUGGUUGUGCAUGCGAUUUAGGGGCCGAUUGCGCGUUCGCUCGAUUUCAUCGAACAUAUAUAUUCAAGCCACAACAGCAAUCAAAAGAAACCAAAGGCACGAAAAAGAAGUCCCGAAAGACCAAAACAAACGCCAUUUCUCCAACAAGCACCGGUCAUUCAACUAAUAGCCGGGCCCCUAGUGAGGGUCACGGUGACGAUGGUGUAGAUAACGAUUCCGGCUCUUCCCGUAGUAAACCUCCUAGCCGAGAUAUGACACCAGCACCACGGCAAGGUUCCUUCGAUACGCUAGGUGUAUUGACAGAGCUCACUGACAGAGACAAGCGAAAAGUUCAAAUGGUUGAGGAUUCAUUCCGCCGGAUGGAGCAGCAACAACAGCCUCCCCGGAAGAAGAAGCGAACUUCGGAUGGUUCUGGCAAUUCUAGCACGAAGCCCAAACCAAGAGGUUCGUUCAGUCAUCCCGGAGGUCCUCUAUAUGGGGUUUCAGAACGCUGCUAUGUUGAUGCAGGUACUUCUAGGAGCAUAUCUGGCUCCCCAUCCAGCGGAGUAUCACCCAACACCAUUAGCCAUUUCAAACACGACGAUUCGCGCCAUCUUUCUACGCGAACCACUGCCCGGCAUUCCUUGCAGGGAAUCCGCCCUGAAUAUCGCGACGCUUCCGUACAAACAGAUCCGGUUGAUGGUGAAUGGUUCAGUGGUGAUGGCCAAACCCCCAAGCCGAAGAGAAGAGUUGUGUCCUUGUCAAAGCGUUUACUAGAAUCUCGACAUCGCCUACGGGCGGAUGAGGAACGAAAAAGAAAGACCCAGUCUGCUUCUCCUGUUUCCGUAACGUCCGCGAUUGUCAAGAUGAACUUGAAUUCUCCAGCAGCAGAGCACAAUUUGACAACAGCUGUCCCUGAAGUACCCGAAGUAAAAAAGCUUGACAAGCCAACACCACCUCGGGUGGAUUCGUCUACUGACAUACCAAUGGAGGAUGCACCAGUAUCGCCGACAGACGUGAAAAAUUCCGCCGUUGUAACUGCAGCAGUACUCAAGCCGAUAAAAAACAAGUCGCCUGAACUACGGGUUCAAAUGCCACCUGUUCCCAUGUUUAACAGUACGAUAGCUCCUAAUGUUACAAUUCCGCUGUCAGCGUCUGGGCCCCCGACUCAGUCACCAUUUUCUGGUAAUAAUUUACCUAGUCCAUUCCCACCGGCGUCAGUUCACGGUGUUGUUGUCCACCCCAGUCCGGUUAAGAAGAAGCUUAGUUUGAGCGAUUACACAAAAAGCAGGAUGAACAAGGCAGCAGCAGCAAAGCCAGUUGGUGCCUCUUUAAAGCCACCAAGUACGGUGUUGGAGGAGGCUAAAUCGCCAACUAGCUCAGAUGUUGCUGUUCUAGAGACGCCUGUUACUGACAAGAGCGUCGAAUGAUCACAUCAGCUAGUAGAUGUAUGCUGAAUUGAGCAUACUUGUAAUAUACAAAAGGACAUUCCAGAUGCUGGACAACACCCUCACGAGACGCAUGUUGUGA